CUCUCCACGAAGUUGACUUCUGAUAUUGGCUGAAUGAAUUGGUGAAAAGACAUAGACACACAAUUAAAUGUUAAUCAUUAUUCCAUUCAAUUAGUCUUCUUCUUCUCUAUCAAUUUUCAUCUUCUUUGAUCCAUUCAAACAAGAAAGAGGAAGAAGAAGACGAAGAAGAAGAAGAAGAAAAAUGAAUCAAAAUUUGAGCUCUCUCCUAAUAGGGUUGGUUGGUGCAGCCAUAACUUUAUCAGCUUAUUCUCAAACUUUGAUAUCUCCAACUGAGUGCAUCACAGUGGGCCUUCUUGUUCUCAUUUUUGGUCUUCUUGUUAAUGAAGGUUUCAUCUCUCUUUAAACAUCCCUACCUAUAAUUCCUUUUAUUUCUCUUUUUGCUACUAAUUUCCACCUAUUUUCAACUUUAAUUUCGCUACCUUUUUGUUUCUAGCUAUGUAUUCUUUAAACAUUUGUAUUCUUAUUUGUAAUAAUAUCUUGGUGGAUUGAUCAUAUAUCAAGUUUGAGAUCCAUUCAUGAUCAUUAAUGUUUUUGGUCAAGGCUUUGCAUAAAUCUGAAAAUUUCAUUGA